AAGGCAUCAAGGAAAUAUUGUGUUGAACGUAGCUUCAAGUGCGAUCGCAUCAUUGCUCCUUCCAGGUGGAAGAACGGCACAUUCCAGGUUUAAAAUCCCACUCACAGCAGCAGAAGAUUCAACUUGCAACAUAAAGCCAGGAAGUGCACUUGCGAAGCUAAUUCAAAUGACGAAAUUGAUUAUUUGGGACGAGGCACCCAUGAUUAAUAAGUACUGCUAUGAAGCUCUUGAUCGAACCAUGCGGGAUAUUCUUCGACAUUCAUACGGUUGUGAUGGGAGCAAACCUUUUGGUGGAAAGACAAUUGUCUUUGGCGGAGACUUUAGACAGAUUUUACCGGUAAUUCCAAAGGGUAGCAGGCAAG